UACCCGAAAUCGUCAGUUUCGCUCAAAGCGUACCCACGUUCACAUCGUCGUCGCCAGUCGCCAGCGGAACUCACACGGAUAUUCCGGCCAACAAUUAGAGCCCGUGGAUCAGGCAGCGUACAAAUAUUGUUAUAUAAGAUUAUCAGCUUGUGAAAUCCCCCAGUGCCAGUGCCCAAAAUCAAAAACCAAAAUGCUUGAGACCGAGGUGCUGCAACAACCGAAGCUUAACGGACCGGCCACCAGUUCCGGCGGCGACUACGACUAUCCGUAUGUGUGUGGACUGAGUCCGGCCAUGAAGCAGGUGGCCAAGGAGGAGCUGCACGAGGACGAGAACAUCCGGCGACAGGCUCUGGCCCAGUUCCGCGAAUGGAUCGAGAAGCAUCCGCACAUCCGGAAGUGCCGCACCGAUGCCGUCUUCCUGCUGCGUUUCCUUCGCACCAAGAAGUUCUCCGUACCGGCUGCCUGCGAAAUGCUGGAAAGAUACCUCACAAUCCGCCAGCUAUUCCCCCAGUGGUUCCAGCAGCUGGACAUCAACGAUCCGGCCAUCAAUGAGAUCUUUGAAAAUGGUUAUCUGUUCCCGUUGCCACAGCGUGAUUCUACGGGACGUCAGGUUCUCUUCUCAGUGGCCGCGAAGUUCGAUCCCUACAAGUUUACUUCGGUGCAAAUGGCCCGUGUGCAUAGUCUGAUCUGCGAGGCUCUUCUGGACGAUGAGGACUCCCAAGUGGCCGGAUAUGUUUACAUCAACGACGAGAGCGGCAUGAACAUGGGCUUUGUUAGCUUGUGGUCCCUGACCGACCUGCGCAGCAUUGUCAAGUGCAUCCAGAACUCCACCCCAAUGCGCCACAAGGAGACCCACUUUGUCAACAUCCCGCACUACGCCAACCGGAUCAUUGAACUGGGAGUCUCCAUGCUCAGCGACAAGCUGAAGAAGCGCAUCAUUGUCCAUAAAAAUGUGGAUAUCCUUAAGACAAAGAUCGAUCCUGCUAUUCUGCCCAAGGAGUACGGUGGUACUGUGCCCAUCGCCGACAUGAUCGCCGAGUUCAAGCAGAAGCUCCUCAAGCGGCGGGCGGCCAUCCUCGCCCUGGACGACAUGCGCAUCGAGAUCACCAAGGAUGCGGCCAACUUUGCUGGAAACGAUAUCGGCGAUAUCGAUGCCGGAGUCGUUGGCAGCUUUAGGAAGCUGGAGGUGGACUAGGCUCCCCCAUUUAACCCAUCACGUUCCCGUAGGCUAAGCUAGGAUAGAUCAGGAUACCAUUGAGACAGGCGAUACGACGCGCGGGCAUGCACACUUCGUACCUAUUUAAAAAGCAUCAACACUAAAUUAUAUAACUACCAAGGUGGAUACUCGUCCGGGAUGAUGGUUUCUCCGCCAUUUUCCCGCACAAUCUCAGUUUACCGAAGCACCACUAUAUGGAUCUGAUGUUGAGUUUCCCAGUUGUAUAUUCCAUCCAUGCGUUACGUUAUGUUAAAUGAAUGUCUAUUUAAAUAUAUGUAUAUACUUACUUUUGAGAGCUUAAA